UUCAGCCGGAUAAGCCACGACCCGCGAGCCAAGUUUCCUUUCACCGUUCCAAGCACUCCGAGACUCGCUUGCAUGGCGCUCGGUAUCCACUCAGCUGGUUACUGCGGCGCCGCCCGCCGCCUCUACGGUUCAUCCAAGACCAGGUGGCGGAUCGUGGCCGCUGCUACUCCAGACGGAGCAACGGAGGCUGAGAUUAGGGUCUGCGUCAACCGGACCUGCGGGCGACAGGGAUCCCGGGAGAUCCUUGCCGUUUUCUCCUCCAUAUGCCCUCCAGGCGUAUCUGUGAUCUCCUGCGGCUGUCUCGGUCGGUGCGGAGGCGGUCCCAACCUCGCCGUCCUCCCCGCGGGGGCCCUGAUCGGCCACUGCGGCACCGCCGCUAAGGCUGCCCAGAUCCUGGCCGAGAUCUGCGGACCGGGGUUCGAUCCUCGAAGGAACCUCGAGGCGCUUGCUCUCAGCAAGGAGGCGGAGGCCGCGCUCGAGAAGGGGAACGCCGCCGAGGCCGAGUCGCUCCUUUCCCAGGCCAUUGAUCUUCAGCCUUCUGGUGGUGUGCAUCUCAUAUACAAAAGCAGGUCUUCAGUGAGAUUAACAAUGGGAGAUAAAAUUGGUGCUCUUGAAGAUGCUAAAAGAGCUUCUCUUUUAGCUCCUAAUUUCGCACAGGCAUACAUAUGCGAAGGUGAUGUACUAUUGGCAAUGGAAGAAUGGAAUGGUGCAGAGGAGGCAUAUUCAGUCGCUUUGCAGCUUGAUCCAUCGAUUCGCCGUUCCAAAUCUUUCAAGGCUCGGGUCGCAAAACUCCAGGAGAAACUUGUAGUUUUAGAUGCUUCAUCUUGAUUCCGGCUAUAGAGCAUACCACAUUUGGUGAGAGGGAGGAUAGUGUUCUUGUACAUUGUCUAGGGGAUUGAGGUUGCUUGAGAGAAACUCGAUUCUUAUUUACAAUCUACUUGAUUUUUAUGCGAAAAAAAAACAUAUGUAAACCAAGGACAUUGUAUGUGUUAUAAGUUGUAUUUAUUUGCAAA